CCGCCCACCAGCCGCCCGUCCCCCCGCCCCUUGGCCCUCUGGGUCCAGGCUGCAGACAGCGGAGCAGGGGGGCUGGGCCACCGACAGCCGAGACACCGAUGGUCCUGGGGUUCUCACGGACUGUGAAGACACGCACAGCACCGAGUAUAGCCUGCACACCUCGACGCGGACAACUUCGGUUACUUUUCGAUAGGGAUUACAAGUUUUCUUGAGGGAUACGUUUUUUGUCUUAUCUGACUUGAAACGGCAUCACGGAGCCUUCUGCACUCAGACAGGAUGUCGGAACUUUCCGUGAAUGACCAUCUUGAAGGGAUUUUAUCAGAUUUUGAAGCGCUGAAGAGAUCCUUCGACAUUGAAGAUGUGGAUGACAUACCAUCCUUCUCCACAGCUUCCCCAAUCUCCACCCCCAUUUCUCCCUCUUCCUCCCAUUUCUUCCUCAGCCACAACAAAGCCAGUGAGGGGCGGGGAGGAGGUGGCCAGUCCCCUUCAUUAGCCUUCAACAACAACAAUAACAGCCUGAGCUCUACAGCCCACCACUCCCGCAUCAGCAUGAGUUCCAAUCCCAGCUCAGUGCUCAAGUCCUGUACUGUAGUCAGCAGCCUGUCCUUCAACCGGGGAAACAUGAACAAGCUGGCCAUCCACAACAACAGCUCCUCCGUGACCAGCGCUGCAUCCUUCCAGAGCAGGUUAAACCCCAGUGGUUACUCCAUGUUGUCUGGGCCAGGCAGUGACGACGACAGCCUUCAUAGCUCCACAUCCAGCUUGGAGUAUUCUGGAGGGGGUGGGGGUGCCCUCCCUCUUACUAGGCUGGGGUCAUAUCCUGGCCCUCCACCUCACGGGGAGUACCACCGAACCCAACCCCAGCUCCCACAACAGCACCUAGAGAGAGGUGCCAACUUGGGAAGCAACCCCAACCUGAAGAUGUUCUCCUCCUAUGGGAUGGGCCAGGGGCCAGAGAUGAUGCUGGGUGUUCCAGAGCCUCGGGGGGUGAACCAUGGCUCCAUGCCCAGCUUAGACUUCCAAAUUCGUGAUGGAGGAGGAGGAAUGGUGAGUCUGCAAAGGGGUGGAGGUGAAGGCAGGAUGUCUCCAGGUUUGAGGUAUGCUAAUGCUAAUGCGAACUGGAAUGGUCGUCUUCAUAAUGCCAGUUCCUUUGGGGAGGAGGGCUACUGUGGCACCAAAAACCACUGCCAGCAGCAAGGACCUCAGGUCCUCAAUGCUCCCCAGCCCAAGGCCAAAGAGACUCCACGUCUCGGCAAGUUUCCCUUGGAUCUGGACAGCUUGGUAACCUCAAGCACUUCUCCCACCAAGGCUCAAGGAGGAUCCAACCCCCCCAAGCCUCCUACAAGGAGCACAGGAAGCCUCCAACACCACACCAGCCCCCCAUCCACCUCGGCCAGCCCUUCAGCCUCUCUCAGCAGCCUGAACAGUUCUUCUGACACCCCACCCCUCUCUCUCCACCAUCCCCUUUUGCCUUUCUCCCCAAGUUCUCUAACUUCAUCGCAGAGCUCCAUACCUAUCCCAGAGAUGAGUUGCUCCACAGUGCCCCUUUCUGCAGCCCAGAACCCCCAGCUGGAGAUUCUUUCAGGGCCCCAAGUUAUCCAGGUGGUCCCCAACCUGCCUAGCCCUUACAGCUGUUACAGCCCCUCCAGCCCCAGAGCCAUUCGGUCUUUGGAGGAUGGCGCAGGUGAUGCCAGAGAUAGUGUAGGCUCAAUCUUACAGAGGAUCGCUUCCUUCUCCCAGCAUGUCAUCACCCCAGCAGCUGUGACCCAGCCCCCUACAGUCCAAAGCAAUGGUGGGUUGUCAUUUGCAUUUGGGUGUCCUGCUGAAACCACACUAAUGCCCACAUGGAAACAGGGGAAGAAGAAACAGGAAGAAACUGCUGGAGAGCUGGAGACGGACUCGCUCACCCCAGUGGGAGAAAGGAGAGAGGAGAAGGAGAGAGGCAUGAUGGGAAAAGAGCAAGAAGAUGAGGGCAAGAGCCAAGGUCAACCAGCCAGCAUGAAUACCCAGAAUUCCAUGACAGAAAAAGAGAACUGUGUGGGGGUUCGUACAGAGAUGGAGGAAAAAGGGAAGGGGAAGGGAAUGGAGGAAGGAGAGAUGAAGACAGAGAUGGAGGCGGAGGUGAAGGUGGAGCUGUGUCAGUCUGUGCCAGGCCUGCAGAUGAGCUAUAUCCGGGGCACUGACCUGUUUGGCUACGUGGGCAUCGAGGCAGUACUGGACCAGAUGAGGAGCAAGACCAUGAAGGCCGGCUUCGAGUUCAACAUCAUGGUGGUUGGUCAGAGUGGUUUGGGGAAGUCCACGCUGGUCAACACUCUGUUCAAGUCCAAAGUCAGCCGGAAGUCCUGCACGCCCAGCUACGAAGAGAAGAUCCCCAAAACAGUCAAACUUCACUCAGUCAGCCACGUGAUUGAGGAGAAGGGGGUGAAGAUGAAGCUGACAGUGAUCGACACUCCAGGAUUUGGAGACCAGAUCAACAACGUGGACUGCUGGGAGCCUAUAGUGAAGUACGUCAAUGAGCAGUAUGAGAAAUACCUGAGAGAGGAGCUGCAUGUCAACCGCAAGAGGAGAAUACUCGACAGCAGAGUCCACUGCUGCAUCUACUUCCUCCCUGCCACUGGACACAGGUUACGCCCCAUUGAUGUUGAAUUCAUGAAGAGGUUGGGAAAGAUUGUGAGCAUUGUACCCGUCAUCGCCAAAGCUGACACACUCACCAUUGAGGAAAGACAGGAGUUCAAAGAGAGGAUAAGGCAAGACUUGGCAGACAGUGGGAUUCGUGUUUACCCCCAGAAAGAGUACGAUGAGGAUCCAGAGGAACGCAUCCGUAACGACAGUAUCAGGGAAACCAUUCCCUUUGCUGUGGUGGGAACAGACAAGGAGCACCAAGUGAAUGGAAACAAGGUGCUGGGCCGUAAAACAAAGUGGGGAAUCAUUGAAGUUGAAAAUGUGGCGCACUGUGAGUUUGCCAACCUGAGAGAUCUACUCAUCAGGUCUCACCUGCAGGACCUGAAAGACGUGACACACAAUAUCCACUAUGAGACCUACCGCGUACGACGGCUCAACGAGAGCAACAUGAACUUCAGUGAACUGGGAAUGUCCACCUGGCUGCUGGAGAACGGAACUGCUGACAAAUGCGAAUCAGAGAGCCACCUCUGAUUUCUCCAUCAGACUCCUUCUUCCUGCACCAAAGGAGGAAUGCUGAUGCUCCUCAUCCAAUCAGAAUGAGAGAUGGGGAAAAAGAGAGCUAUUUUUUUUUCCCCACAUAGAAAUUAUUUUUAUAAUUUGUUUUUCCUUUCUGUCAUUAUGGGGCAAACUAGUGGAUUGUUUUUAAAUGAGGAAUUUUAUUUGAGUUUUUACAUGCAUGCAUUACAUGCAUCAAAUACAGAUAUAUUUUUGAAUGAGAACUCAUAUAUUUAAGGAUGGCGACAUACAGGGCAGUGGAGAGCAGACAGCACAACAUGGCACAAUGAGAGGACGCAUAAACAUAAGUCUCCCAAUGGUAUCUAAUCAUCUUGAUAUCUGCUAUAUACAGUAAAUGGUAAACUAUAUAGCCAAAAGUAUGUGGACAGUCCAGGCCUGAAACCACAAGAAUGGAAGCAGAUUAAUUCCACAGAUUGUCAGCAUCAAACAUUUAUCACAUAUGGGUUGAAUGUUCAAUUGUCCACAAACCUUUGGCAAUGCAGUGCGUCAUUCUUGCUUAGGUCAAAUGUGUUUAAAUGUGAUCCUAUGGAGAAACCCACCAUGUUGUUGUUGCUUGAGGAAAGGUUCUGUAUUCAUUUAUUAAUAGAAACAACAAUGAACACCAAGCAGCAACCAAAAUAGCGCUAUUCACUGUAUCGUUUCUGAAAGUACUCUUGUCCUCAAAUCAUGCUGUGGAGAGGUGGAUGAUGUGCAAGUUUGGUUUAAGUUGCUUUUUAUGAAAAGAUAGCUGCCUUUUAUAAUUCUGACCUGAACGAUAUAACGGACUGUAGGGCAGGCCUGGAAUUUCAUAAUUUUAAGGGCAAGGCCACUUGGCCUUUGGUGCUGUCAGUUUUUUGAGGGCACAAAGGCCAAAUGCCAGGGCAGCAAGGCCAUCAAUGAUUUUUAGUCCACGGAAAUGAUAAAUUUAACUUAAGGAUGAUUUUAUUUUUAUUCUAUUUUUUUUCAAAUUUCUUAAUGCUAAGUCAAUAAUUACCUUGUCAAUAAUAACCAUUCCUGCAUAACAAUGAGUUUAACAUUUCGAAGGUUUACUGUAGCACAACAGCCUUUUUUUAAAUGCCCCGCCCCAUCCAGGCUGUGAUUGGUCAGUUCACAAAAAGUGACAUUGACGAGCACAUCGACUUAAUGAAAAGUUGAAUAUGUUUCAACAAAAGGCACCUGAUAUAGCUAAAUAGCCAGCCAGCCAAACCCAAACCUUGCUAUUUUAUCCCUGUUGUCUUCUGUCUUAUGUUUUUGUAUAAUGGGCUGCUCAAACGGCCAACAGAGCAUCGUGGUGCUCCCGAUCGCCAGUCCGACUGGUUUCUUGUCUUAUUUGUUCGCUCAUUUAUCAAACUUUUUUACCUCAGCUCAGUCGACCUUCUCUUCUCAGAAGUUCACUCAGUCACAGCUUUGUGGGAUUGGCACAUCAGGAUGAGUUUGCCGGUACUAGAUUUGAGUCAAACUAUCAUAAAUAGCCCGGUUUUCCAGUGGUCCAUACCAGGCUUGAAAUCGAACCCACCACUGGUUAUGUGCGCUGCGUUUCACUUGAUGUUGCCCAUUAAGAAUUCACAAACGCAAUAAGACACUGGCCUUAACAAAACACCUAGAGAACAUGCUAGAGGUAGUGUUAGAGAACAUCCACUAAUUAUACGUCAUGUUCCAGUUUAUCAAGUGUACAUCACACCCUGAGGUUUUUGUCAUGCAAGGCUUACUUCCUGUUAGCAGUAGGUGGCGCAAUGACUACAACUCCUAAUUGGCAUGUAGAUGUCCUUAGGCCAGGACUCUAAUCAAAAUUUGUGAAAUUUUGAGUAGAUUGGACUAAUUGUACACUCAAGUUCAACAACUUCCUCUUUCAUGGUGAAUAAUCCAUCGCAGUGGCAACGGUAUUUUAUGGAAACUCACAAUCUUAACAAUUAAGCAUCAUUAAGACUUUGCUUAACAAAUUUGAGGUGGAUCUGAUUAAUCUGCUAGGAGUAGUUUGUAUGACUAUAGGGAUUGUAACUUCCUGCUGCCAGUAAGACUGCGACUGAAUAUGGGCAUGUAGAUGUCUUCAGGCUGGGACAUUUAUCAAACAUGUGAAGUUUGGGGCAGAUUUCACCAUGUACACUGAAGUUACAAUAACUUCCUGUGUCAUGGUGAAAAUUCGACGCCACCCUGCAGACACGCCCUUAAACAAAAACUCACACCUUUUCAUUGUGAAGGUCUUUAGAUUGCACUAGAAAGAUUUGAAGUCGAUCCGAUGAAUUCUCUAGGAGUUCGUUAAAGUACGGAGCCUGUAAAUGACAGAAAAUGGCUUAAAAUUGCACAGUCAAUUCAGAAUGGCUGACAUCCUGUUCGGUUUAGGGUAUGGCUCCAAGAGGCUUUUUUGUAUGUCUUGGGGUGAUACAUGUACCUCUCAAAUUUCAUACAUGUCGGUUAAAUGUAGGCUGGGGCUGAUUAUUAUUAUUAUUUUUUUUUUGUAGUGGGCGCUAAUGAGCCAUUUUGCCACGGCCAUGCAGACUACCCAUAACAUACUUAAAUUUUCCACCACUUCUGACAAGUGUGCAAUGUUUUGUGAGUUUUCGAGCACCUGUAGCACCUCAAAAAUGCAAUUCAUUUGGGGGAAGAAAAAUAAUAAUAAUAAUAAUCCUAGCAACCUCGCAGCAGUCAUUGCUUGGGCCCUAAUGUUUAGACUGUAAGAUUUUGGAGGACAUGCUGCAUUAUACCAUUCACCCUGGUGAGUUUCAUCAUUUUCUAGCCUCUUUUUCAAUUCAGAUCUCCAUGUCCACACUUACAUGAAUAAAAUUGAAGAUGCUAUUUAUGUGUUGAAAGUUUUUGGCACACAAGUGGUUAAGAUAAAGCAUGCAGUCCACAAUUAAGUGCCAAAACAACAGAAAAAUGCUUAAUUUGUUCAUCCUCUACCUCUUUUUAAAGAGUAACUAUACACAAAUGUUUUGUAAUUGACUUCUAUUUAUUACUUGACACAUAGAAUAAAACAGCAUUAUGUCAUCAGUUGAGCAGAUAAUGCCUACUGGAAGUAUUUACCUCAAAAUCUAGCUCAGUACUCCACCCAGUACAUAAAAUGAGCAGAAGGUGUUCAUUUUUAGAUGCCUGUGUCAACAAGAAAAACUACUAGGCUAAGUCAUUAGUAAAAAGUGAUAUGCUCAUUAUAAAAGCAGAUUGCUGAAAGUGUGGUCACUGACUUUGCAAGAUCAUGAUCUAGUCUCAUUUACAAAUUUCACUGAGGCAGAUCAGGUUUUGAAUAGGAUAGCUGAUGUGUGAAUUACAAACUACAGUUUUUGUAGUUAGUUAGUUAGUUUGUUUAUUCCCAAAACAGUGGGAAUUAAUAGAACUAUUGUCAAUAUUUCAUUUUAAUGACAACAAUAUUGUUGAAUGGAAUUCAAGGAUAGAUGAAUACAUUUUUUCAGCAUUAUGAUCCUUAUACAAGAUUCAAAAUUUUUUUAAUAUGAUUUUUUUGAUAAACCAAUUUAUGCAUUGUAUUUGUAAUUUAGCCAAUAAGACAACAAUAUUACAGUUAGGCUUACACUUAGUUACAUUUUAAUGCGAUAGACGUUCAUAAUUCCCUUGCAACAUAGUAAAACAGUUCUUGACAGCACCACAUUACAGUAAAAACGACAUAGUUAAGAAGAAAUCAAGAUAACUACGCUGACAGCACAGUCGUCAUUCAUGAAAAAACACUUUAAGUGCUGCUGUUGGUUGAAAGCUUAAUUUGAAAUGUGUUGUUGUUAAAGAGGCUUUCUGAAUCCGAUCCAAACCUUCCUGCCACAACAGAUCAAUAGGCCUACAGAUAAAUUAUUAUAGGACAUAGUGUCCUAUAGCAAUUUUAAAAUAUUAUACGAAACCAACUGGAAAGCUUGCGCUGUACGUUAACACGUUGUAUCACACAUAACAGUGGACUUGCUAAUUCUUAAAUUGGUCUAAUUUUUUCUUUUUACUUGAAAAUUAAUUUUUGGAGGUGGAAAGCUAAGUAAUGAGGGGCCAAGUGAUGUGCCAUUGGUGGGCACUGCACCCCAAUGCUCCCCUGCUGCUCUGAACUAUGGUUAGGAGACUUCUGGUUUUAUGCUAAUGCUAAUUUAGCCUGGCUUAUUGCAGGUAACUUUAGCAAGCCUUCACAAAUGUUUACAGAGGGAAGUCAUCAUCCCCAUUUGUACGGUCUCAUCUCGCUCUGUGAUGGCAGGCUUUUCAGCCUGCCUGAAAAUUGACUGGCUACCAGUUUUCGAUAAUGGAUGGAUGGCUUGUGAAAUGUUAAGAUGGUGGAAAUUUUAAUCAUGCUCAGCCGUCUUUCCAUGGAAAGAUGAAGAUUAAAAUAUAUUUUUAGAGAAGAUGAAUAGGAGUAGUAGUUUUCACACAUAAUCUUGAGUGAGAAUAAGCAUUCACAAUGUGGAGUAAUAGUGGAACCACAUAAUGGAAAAAUACUUGCGCAUAAAUCACCUGAUUAUGUCACUUUUUACUGUGUAACUAAAGAACAAUGUAAUGUUUCAGCUUCCUGGUAUCCAAAAUGUCAGUUUCAGUCUGAAGCCACCUAUCGUCCACAGUGACACCAAACCCUCCACAAUCACAUUUCACUUUGAUUCUGAUCAGAUAAAGCAUGUCAGACAUUCACUGUUACUGUCCUCUUACCUCUCUGCUCUGUAUCCCAAAGCUCUGUGUCAACCUCCCACACUUAGCAUGUUUGCAUGCAUGUACUAACAGUUCCUACUAACAGUAUGGUUAUUGUCUUUGUUUUUUAUAGUAUUAAUGAUACACAUGUUAACACUGUUGAUUUACAAUUAAAUACUUGUCACCUUA